AUGCACCUCAUCGUGCUGCUAAUGGCGCUGCUCACGAGGGCGGUCGCCCCGCACUUACAUGUAACGACAUCGACUUCUGACUCCACAUAUCUCGGUGUGAGCACAAUGUCUCCAACGGUAUUCAGCGCGGCGCCGUCUCCUCGUAAAAUGUCAGCGAGGCGUGGCAAGGCUGACUCUCCGAUGUUGAACUAUAUAUUUGAUUCAUACGCCACUAGCAACAAGCACUUUCAUGACAAGUUUAAAGCGCCAUCAUUUGAAGGCGACUUGAGUUCAGAAGCUUCUAUUGAUGCGGACACAGGUGCAACUGUCUUAUUUGAUUGCAGAGUAACCUCGUUGAGGGACAAAACGGUAUCCUGGCUCAGAGUGUCUAAUGGUGAAAAUCUAGAACUGCUUACAGUGGACUUGGAAACUCACACAGCAGAUUCGAGGUACAAAGUGGACGUAGCGGGCGAGACUUGGAAGCUUAGUCUCUCGGAUGCCAAAGUGCAGGAUUCCGGGAUAUACGGUUGCCACGUGUCCACCCACCCGCCUAUGUUGAAAAGAUUUCAACUGGUUGUACAUCCGCCUGAAAUGAAAAUGAACAAAGAGGCUUUUCUCGAAAGCGGGGAGACACUAUCUCUUAAAUGCGCGGUAUUGCAUUUAAGUCCCGGUGACGUAACGCCAGAAUUGCAUUGGUAUAGAGGCAACAGUACUACGCCUCUUGACGAGAUACGGGGAGGAGUGCUCGUCGAAACAGACCUCUUGACGCUCACGAGUCAUCUCCAGGUGGCGCAUCUCAAAGUAGCAGACGCGGGUAACUACACUUGUGCCCUGGAAGCGCCUCUUGUAAUAAAGGCAGUUGCAAGAGUACAUGUUUUACAAGGAUCAAGCCUCGCAGAACUCCAAAGCGGCGUCAAAACUACAACCAGCUACAUGAGUCUACUGUUUACAUCAUUACUUUUCCUCCUCGGAACACGACACGGCGACGUAAGAUGACCUCUUUAGAUUGAAAUGACAAUCAAGAAAGGCUGGAUAACGCAAG